AUGUUAGAGUACUCUAUAUAUCACGUUGAGGAACUUUCCUCUCCCCUGCUUAAUAACCUCGCUGGGUUGUGCGAACGCGCCUUUGGGAACGACCCUAGAUUCAAGCUCCUUGCAAAAUCGAACCCCACUUUUAUCGCGCCUUUCUUUCUCGCCCUGCUCUCUGUAGCCUAUCAAGAAGGCGAAGUAUACGUCGUAGUCCCGCAUGGAUGGGAGCUGCCGGUGUCUGUCGCGGUGUGGUUACCGCCUGGCAAGGCGUUGCGGUCAACAAAUAAACAGCCUUCUUCCAUGUUCGACGAGCUCGUGGAGAAGAUGGGUUUUGGUAGUGCGGAAAGCGUAGAUGUCACCGAAAUAAAGAAGAAUCUCACUGAAAAUUUCUUCCCCGACAACACCGCCUCAUGGUCCCUUAUCCUCGUCGCCACGGACCUGCCGUACCAGGGGAAGGGUAUAGCAUCUGCGCUCAUCAUGCAUCAGGUCGCAAAGCUCAAAGAGAACAAGACCUUUGUGUCUUUGUGCGCAACGAAUGAGCGAAUUUAUCGAUGGCUCGAACGUCUGGCAUUCACUGUUCGAGGGCUAGGAGGGUCCACGGGUGCUUACUCGACAUGA